UUCUAGUAAAGGAAACGUUCCCGCAGAUCGUACAGAUCUCUCUCUUUCUCUCUGUUUUCCAGUCCUCUCACCAUGUCCACAACCGCCGAAGAACCCGAAUUGCAGAAUGGACACGAACCAGAACGGAUACCCAAACCAGAAAUAGAACCAGAAUCAGAACCUGAACCAUCAGAGCUAGAGCCAAAGCCAUUGGCCCAACCAGAACCAGAAGCUGAACCAUCUGAACCAGAGUCAGUACCGGAGCCGAAACCGGAACAGCCAGAGGCUCCCGAUGCAGAUCCGAAACCCGAAGAACCGAAACAGAGCUCGAUCCAAUCCAAUGAAGCCGUCGGGAACGCAUCAGCGAAAGCUCCGACCGGCGAACUGCGCAAAGACGAAGGAAGCCGAACGUUCACGAUGAGAGAGUUGCUCAGCGGAUUGAAAGCCGACGAAGUGGACGAGAGCGGACCGGAUGCCACCUCACCUUACAGUCAAGAAAGCCCACAGCAACGCAACGACCAAAACAAUGCUGCUAUGGACUUGAUCAAUAGUGUCACGGGUGUAGACGAUGAAGGUCGGUCUCGCCAACGGAUUCUUACAUUUGCUGCCAGGAGGUAUGCUUCUGCUAUAGAGAGAAAUCCAGGAGAUUAUGAUGCGCUAUACAAUUGGGCAUUGGUUCUUCAGGAAAGUGCGGAUAAUGUUAGUCAAGAUUCUGCUUCACCUUCCAAAGAUGCGCUGCUUGAGGAAGCUUGUAAGAAGUAUGAUGAAGCUACACGUCUUUGCCCUACACUUCAUGAUGCUUUCUAUAAUUGGGCUAUAGCAAUAUCUGAUCGGGCCAAAAUGCGUGGGCGUACAAAGGAGGCUGAAGAACUAUGGAAGCAGGCUACAAAAAACUAUGAAAAGGCCGUCCAACUCAACUGGAACAGUCCCCAGGCACUUAAUAAUUGGGGACUUGCUCUGCAGGAACUCAGCGCAAUUGUUCCUGCACGAGAAAAGAAAACAAUUGUAAAAUCUGCAAUCAGUAAGUUCCGUGCAGCAAUUCGGUUGCAAUAUGAUUUCCACCGAGCAAUUUACAACCUUGGAACUGUUUUGUAUGGAUUAGCAGAGGACACAUUAAGAAGUGGGGGAUCAGUCCAUGCUAAAGAAGUUUCACCUAAUGAGUUGUAUAGCCAAUCUGCUAUCUACAUUGCAGCUGCUCAUGCACUGAAACCAAAUUACUCAGUUUACAGCAGUGCCUUGCGGCUGGUGCGCUCCAUGCUACCUUUGCCGCAUCUGAAAGUUGGAUAUCUGACUGCGCCGCCUGUAGGAAAGCCAGUGGCACCUCAUAGUGAUUGGAGACGUUCACCAUUUGUUUUAAAUCAUGAAGGGCUUCAUCAGACACACAAAAAUGAGCAAAACCAAGUACCACAAAGUCUCUCUGGAAGAUCAGGAGAUGCUGCGAAUAUCGACAAAAAGGCUAUCAGAGUCGAUGUUCCUGAUAUAGUUUCUGUAUCAGCAUGUGCUGAUCUGACUUUACCACCCGGUGCAGGCCUCUGCAUUGAUACAAUUCAUGGGCCAGUUUUCAUGGUUGCUGACUCGUGGGAAUCCCUGGAUGGAUGGCUCGAUGCAAUCCGUCUAGUUUACACAAUUUAUGCACGUGGUAAGAGUGAUGUUCUGGCAGGUAUCAUAACUGGCUGAUCAUUUUUGUUAGAUUUAUCACCAGGGCAAUGCUUUUUGUUGUGAAGAUUUACAAUUUAUAUAUUGAAACGUGGUUGUUCGAAUAAAACUAUUGUAUAUCAUAGAAUUUUUGAGACACUAUCCUGUUUAAUCCAAUUUGGCUUUUCUCAUUUCUUCA